AUACCAUAGUGUUGGCAUGGCAGAUGACAAUGAAGAGUUGCAAGCAGACGAGGAUCUCCCCAUACCAGAGGAGGAGACGUUUGACCAGCUGGAGAACAGCAGCCCUGCCGAACGCAGCGGCCAUGUGGCAGUCACCGAUGGUCAAUGCAUGUUCGUGUGGGGUGGAUAUAAGAAUGCCCAGGUGAGGGGCUUUUAUGACUUCUACCUGCCUAGAGAUGAGAUCUGGAUCUACAAUAUGGAAACUGGAAGAUGGACAAAGCACAGGACAGCGGGAGACGUGCCCCCUUCCAUGUCGGGCAGUUGUGCCGUCUGUGUGGACAGGGUCCUGUACCUGUUUGGAGGGCAUCAUGCGCGAGGCAACACAAAUAAGUUCUACAUGCUGAAUUCCAGAACAAACGAUAAAGUCCUACAGUGGGUCCGGGUGGAAUGCGAGGGGGUUCCUCCGUCCUCAAAAGACAAGCUUGGUGUUUGGGUGUAUAAAAACAAGCUGAUAUUCUUCGGUGGCUAUGGGUACUACCCCGAAGGAGAGCAAAUUGGAACGUUUGAGUUUGAUGAAACCUCUUUUUGGAACUCAGGUCUUCCUCGAGGAUGGAACGACCACGUCCAUAUGCUGGACACAGAGACUUUUAUGUGGAGCCAGCCUGUGACGACGGGUAAAUCGCCCUCUCCCCGAGCUGCCCAUGCCUGUGCCACAGUUGGGAACCGAGGCUACGUCUUUGGGGGCAGAUAUCGAGACUCUCGAAUGAACGACCUCUACUGUCUCAACCUGGAUACAUGGGAGUGGCAUGAAAUAACCACGCAAGGGGUAUCCCCCGUUGGCCGCUCCUGGCACUCUUUAACGCCAGUCUCGUCUGACCACCUCUUUCUCUUUGGCGGGUUCACCACUGACAAGCAGCCGCUGAGUGACGCCUGGAUUUAUUGCAUCAGUAAAAAUGAGUGGAUACAAUUUGAGCACAAUUACAUAGAGAAGCCCCGGCUUUGGCAUACAGCCUGUGCCAGUGAAGAGGGGGAGGUGAUUGUCUUUGGCGGCUGCGCUAACAAUUUACUUGCCCAUCACAAAGCAGCACAUAGUAAUGAGAUCCUUGUGUUUUCUCUGCAACCAAAAUCUCUUGUAAGACUCUGCCUGGAGGCCAUCCUGUGCUUCAAGGAGGUCCUGGCAAGCUCCUGGCACUGCCUGCCCAAGCACCUGCUGCAGAGCCUCAACCAGCGCUUCGGCAGCAACAACACCUCCGGCUCCUAGGAAGCCCCGGUGGAGCCCUCGGCUGCUGCCCCCACCCACC